GAAAUAUUUUUUAUCCUUUUCUUAUUUCUAUAUACCUCAGAUUAAAGAACCUGGCAAUAAUCCAAUUGAAAAGCUGAGCACUCCCGCUUUGAUAUAAUUGUAUAAUUAAAAGGGACAAUUGCUACAAGAGAUUUAACGACAGAAUUGAAAUCAAAAUGUCGUACAACAAUUAUGACGAAUAUUCUUCAUCAUCAAAUGAGGAUGAAUAUGAUGAAUCAAGUGAAAAUAUAAUUGAGGACUAUGAGGUUAAAAGAGAUAAUGAUGGAUUUGUGGACAUUUAUGCCCAUGGUAUGUGUCUUUACAAUGGAACUGACGAUGCAACUGCAGCAAUUGGUGUUUGGUUCGAUGAUGAUAAUCAAUUAAACGUUUCAUCUCGUAUAAGAGGUAACCAAACAAGCAAUAGAGCAGAGAUUAAAGCCAUCACUAUUGCCUGUAGACAGGCAUUAUUGGCAAACGUGAGAAAAAUAAGAUUUCACACAAGAUCUAAUUUUGUAAAACGGUACAAUACUGAUUUAAGAAGAAAGUGGAAAGAAAAUGGAUGGAGAAAUAGAAAUGGUGAAACGCUAAAUGUAAAACAAGAACUCUUGGAAAUGGAAGAUGCCUUGAGUGAAUUCGAUAAAGUUUCAUGGAAUUAUGUUUUUUCCGACGAGAGUAAAGGAAUACAAAUGGCCAGAGAAUUAGCCAAAGAUGCGGCUUAUAAUUAAAAGUUUAAAAUAAUUUUUUCCAAAAAAAAAAUAAUGUAGGAAAACGUUUAAAAAAUAAAAAAAA